CUAUGUUGCCCAUGCCACCAGCACUUGCCAUGGACGGAGAAAAGAAACUCGCCUGGUCACCCAAUCGCCCACAUUAUAUAUCCCAUCACUUCAGACGAUGCACCCAUCUCGACGCAGAGCACACCACGUCCCAGUUCCCACCACCUAAGCCUAAGCUUCGAUGGAGCCGCCGCCGCCGCCAGGGGCGUCCUCCCUCGCCGCCGUGCUUGCCACCGCGCUCCUCCUCGUCACCGUGCUCCGCCGCCGGCGCAGCGCCGCCACCCGCAAGUACAACCUCCCGCCAGGCCCUCGGCCGUGGCCGGUGAUCGGCAACCUCCAUCUGAUCGGCUCGCUCCCGCACCGCUCCCUCCACGAGCUCUCCGCGCGGCACGGCCCGCUCAUGUCCCUCCGCUUCGGCUCCGUCCCCGUCGUCGUCGCCUCUUCCGUGGACGCGGCCAGGUUCGUCCUCAAGACCCACGACGCCGCGUUCAUCGACCGCCCCAGGAUGGCGUCGGGGAGGUACACUGCCUACGACUUCUCCGACGUCGUCUGGUCGCCCUACGGCGCGUACUGGCGCCAGGCGCGCAAGCUGUGGCAGACCAAGCUCCUCAGCGCCAGGCAGCUCCGGUCGCAGGAGCACGUCCGUGUCGAGGAGCUGCGCGCCCUGCUGCGCAGCCUGUCGUCGCCGUCGUUCGCGGGGCGCGCGGUGGCGCUCAAGGAGCACCUGCUCAUGCUGAGCCUCAACGUGAUCUCGCGCAUGGCGCUGGGCAGGAAGUACGUCGGGGACGGGGAGGACGCCGCCGGCUCGCCGGUCUCGCCGGGCGAGUUCAGGUGGAUGGUCGACGAGCUGUUCGUUCUCAACGGCGUGCUCAGCGUCGGGGACUUCAUCCCGUGGCUCAGCUGGCUGGACCCGCAGGGGUACGUCGGGAGGAUGAAGAGGCUCGGCAAGAUGUUCGACCGGUUCCUGGAGCACGUGCUGGACGAGCACAACGAGCGAAGGCGGCGAGUGGGGGACGGGUUCGUCGCCACGGACAUGGUGGACCUGCUGCUGGAGCUCGCUGACGACCCCGGCCUCGAGGUCCCGAUCGAGCGGGAUGGCGUCAAGGGAUUCACCCUGGACCUCAUCGCCGGCGGCACGGACACCUCGGCAGUGGCCGUCGAGUGGGCGAUGUCGGAGCUCCUGAGGAACCCCGACGUCCUGGCCAAGGCCACCGGCGAGCUGGACAGCGUCGUCGGCCACGACCGCCUCGUCACGGAGCAGGACAUCCCGAAGCUCCCCUACCUGGAGGCCAUCGUGAAGGAGACCUUCCGCCUGCACCCGAUCUCACCCCUGCUGGCGCCGCGCCUGUCCCGCGAGGACGCGUCCACGGGCAGCUACGACGUCCCGGCGGGCACGCUCGUGUUCGUCAACGCCUGGGCCAUCGGCCGCGACCCCGCCGUGUGGGGGCGCACGGCGGAGGAGUUCCGGCCGGAGCGGUUCGUCGGGAGCGGCGUGGACGUGAAGGGGCAGGACCUAGAGCUGCUGCCGUUCGGAUCCGGCCGCCGGAUGUGCCCGGGCUACGCCCUCGGGCUCAAGAUGGUGCAGGUGACUCUAGCGAACCUGCUGCACGCCUUCGCGUGCAGGCUCCCCGAUGGCGUGGCGGCGGAGGAGCUGAGCAUGGAGGAGAAAUUCGGGCUGUCGAUGCCGCGAAAGGUUCCUCUCGAGGUCGUCGCUGAACCCAAGCUCCCGGCACACCUCUACGCUAUUGGGCCGUGAUGCAUGAUGGAAAACUGCCAAGUCUGUCUGCUUGCUGACUCCACCUGCGUGGCUGCGUGUAUACAAUAUGCGUGAUUUGAAUGUGCUUGUGGCCGCAAUAAAAGAGGAUUAUGUUUCUUAUUCCGUGUAUGUUGUUUUCUUUGUGUUUGUCCUUGAUUGUGUGUGUAGGUUUGCUUUUAAAUAAGUUUUCUUUGUUACUUA